AUGCACCACAAUAUACGCGCCUCAAAAAGCCACACUUUCAAGCCUCAACUGAGGCCGCAACCCCACAACAACGGGAAAGGCCCGUUCCGAAAGGUUUUGGAAGGGCCCGUUAGGGCCCGAUCUCCUGUCGUUCCUCAAGGGCAUUUUCUGCGCCACUUCAAGCCACACCGUAAAGCCACCUCAGCUGCGGGAGGCCUACUGGCGAAACGUGCUAUGCCCAAACCAGGAGACCCCGCGCUCCGCGAGCUUUCCAAGACCUGGACGGGCUCACCACCAAGCUUCGAUAGCUGA